UAAAUGGUUCAUUUAAAAAUAGUUUUGAACGCUAAUAUAAAUGUCAAUUGUUGUCAUUUUGUCAAUAAUGCACUGUAUAAGUGUAUAGUUGAUAAUACUGAAAUGUGCAAUCUCUUCUAGCGAAAUUAAGUUUUUCAUUAAAAAAUCUUAAGAAUGGGAAUAUUCACGUCCUGUUGUAGACCCUCAGCCACGGAUGUGUUGACUCCAGACGCUGAGACCAGACGUAGGCAGCAAGUAGAAGCAGCGGAGAGGCGUCGUGCUGAAGAAGCGGCCCGAGGUGUUAAAGACCCGGAGAAGGUGAGACGCAUGCAGCAGCGGGCUGAGGAAAUGGAGAAGAGAGAACAGGAGCUCCGGAAGGAGGGGGGCGCUAAUUUAAAGUGGACGGCCGACUGAGAAAAGGAGACAAGUGGAAGCACUGAAGCUUCCACUAGUAAUACAAGUAAAUACAAGUACAAGAAUUGAUUUGUCAAUAAAAGCUUUUUAUAUUGCGCUUUGUUAUGAAAAACAAGUCCUAAUUUUUUAACAAAGUUUGCAUUCUUUAUUUCAACAGAUCUAUAUUAAGGGUCUUCUUGUAAUUUAUAA